AUGCUGCCGCUCCACGCCAUGCACCAUCCCUCGGCGAUCCCCGUCCGCGACACUGUCGCCUCCGCAAGCCCCAUUCCCCUAUCCAGCGCCGCCUCGCGCCAGGGCUCCUCGAGGAUUGUGUCGCCGCUCACUCCGCCCGACAACGGCGUCUUAGCCAUCCACGAGGCCAAGACGGGCUCGUCCGCCGACGAAUGGCGCCAGCUUCUCGCCAGAGCCCGCGGCAACUUUGAGAAUGAGCGAAAGGUAUGGGAGCAGGAGCGACAGCUGUAUCAGCGCGACAUUGUGCGUUUGCAACAGGCUCUUGAGGCGAAGGAGCGAGAAUUUUUGGUCAUGGCGACCAAGUUGAAGCAAGCAGAAUUGGCCGUAGCGGACCCCGCAAGCUUUCACACCGGCAUUGUGAGCCCAACGGCAGAGCAGAAAGGCUCGUCGCCGGUGAAGAGCCCGCCGACGGGCUUCCUCCCGCACCACACCAACAUGCAGAGUCCCCCAAUUCCUGGUGUGCCGCAUCCAAUGACAAGCUUUACCGUCACGCAUCAUGGUGGAGACGGCAGCAACGAAGUUGACGUAAGCGGAGACUCACUUUAUGGCCGCAUGAACUGCGAAGAAGGGCCAUCAUCGCCCGUCAGCACGGCAGCAAACCUGUCUCCUCCCCCACCAUCAUACCGGAGACAUGCAGGACAUACCCCUGGCAAGAUGGGCUCUUUCAGUAUAGAACACACUCCUGGAGAAAAGACACCAAGAGCACCUCAGCCUGUUGCUCCUGAACCCGUCCCGCAGCAACCCCCGGUAGAGAUCAUUGAAGAUGCCGCCGAUUACGCAGACGAUGACGACGAUGAUAGCGAAGACGAGGAUCCUUCCAUGAGGUCGCCCCUUUUCCUUCCGUCUGACCCUGACAAGCCCGCCGGGGCCGCCACUUUGAACUUGCUGGAAGACAAGCUUGCCUCGAUGUUCCAGCACCCUGAGGAGCGAACUCCGGCCGUUUUACAGCACGAGCCGGUCUCAACUUCUACGUCGGAGGACGGCGAAGAGGAGGAUGCAGUCCCGCCUCUGGAUCUCGAUGAGGCCGACACUGGAGCCGAAGUGCCUGGAAUCAAACUUAGGACCAAACGGAGUUGCAACUUUGGCGCGCCCCUGGGCAUCAUGCCAAGGUACCGCAACGCUUCGGACUUUGAGGACUUCUAA